ACCGAUGGUUUAAAACUGGGUGGAAAAACAGAAUUGCUCAGGGUUCUGGGAUGUUUUGAAUUUUCCAAAACUAUUUUUGAAUUUCCCCCAUCCCUGGCAAGCAAUCGAUAACGUUGGCAAUCGGAUCAGCCCUAGCACGGUUAUCGUUAUUGCUGUCAGCGCAUUUAUCUCAAAACAUUCGAAUUGUGCGAAGUCUGAAAAAUAACUGAAGGAACUUAAACUGCUUAGUCAUGGUAAUUGCCAAGCGCAGAGAUCCUGCGGGCUUAAUAAACUCCUCAUCGAACUCCCUACAGCAUCCGCAAUCAAAUGGCCAUCCGAAUCCCAAUCCUAGCAAGGUGGACGCCGAGAACAGCCUGGAUCUGGCGUCCAGCAGCAUUGAUGAGUUGGACGAGACCAUCCAAAAUCUGAUGCUUGAGCUGGUGAGCGAAUCUGAAGCGACACAGGUGUCGGCUACGGCCCUCAAUGCGCGCAUCAUAGAACUGCUGCAAGAGUACGAGGAUGAUUUGGCCGAGGAGAAGGCGCUGCGCGCGGAACUGCACGAUCUGGAGGACCUGCAGAGUCAGAUGGAUCUGGAAGAUUUUCAGGAUGAAACAUGAAUAAAUAAUGUACCGGAGGCGUGCUGCUGUUAAUUUUGAUUUGUUUUAUAAAUACAUAUGUAAAAUAUA